ACCCACAGAGCCACCCAGGUGCCCCCAAACUUUUUUGGUUAAGAAAAACAAGGCUUAAACUAUCAGCUUACUUUUCUAAUACCCCAUAUGGUCUUGUAAAAGUGACAGGUGACACUUGGGAAGGGGAAGAACCUUCCACACUGAGGAGCUGGGCACUGGAGGAAAGAAGACCUGGAUUGAACCUUACUGCUGCCUCUUACUAGUUUAGUGAUCUUGGACAAUUGCUUGUCUCUCUUAGUCUCCGUUUUCUCAUCUGUGCAGUGAAUAACCGAGGGAACAGCUGCCUUGGAAGCUUUGGAGGAGUGUGUGAGACCGUGUGAGUCCGUUGCUCAUCACUGUGCCUGCUGGGGUUCGAGGGGCCCUAGUAAGUAGUGCCCUGUCUCUCCUCCUGAGUUCAGAACUGAUGAGGCACAUGGCCAACUGCCACCUCACUUCCAGGCAAGGCUGGGUCAGAGCAUUAGACAGACCCCGGUGCCUGCUCACAGGACGUGCCAGCUGCUGGGGCCCCUCAGGGGCCACUUCGCCAACCCUGUGGCUUAGAGGGGCAGAGCGUGUGUCCCCGUGGAGCAGGUCGUGUGCUGCCUGCCUGUUCCUCUCCCAGACUUUUCAUCCUGCAGCUCCUUCCAUCUCUGGGGAGGAGAGAGGGUCAGGCAAGUGGGCAGAGUACCUCGUGACAGCAGAGGCACCGGGGUGAACGUUCCUUCCAGUGUCUGAUGCGAGUAGGGAUUCUGUGACCGCCUGUGCCGUGACCCGGUGCAGGGGACCAGGUCAGCAUCUGUGUGGAUGGACUUGAGGAAUGCCGGGACAUAUGACAAACGGGGGAAAGGUUGCAGAUGGGUGAGUGUAGUGUGAUCCCAUUCCUACUUUUGAAAAUCGAAUUUCUGCUACUAGGUUAUAAUUGUGUUGUUCAAGCUGGUGUCAGGGGACGCGUAUUGAAGCAGCUAACAGUGGUGACAUGUUGAAUUGGCGGAGGUUCUCGUUGUAUUCUGACCUAGGAAACUUGUGACAAGAAGGUGACUCUGGAGCCUGAAUUUCUGAGGAUGGAAAUCUGCCCAAGACCAUGUCAGAAACACUCACAGUGAUGGAGCCCCCUGCCUCUGAGUCUGGGGCAUUCCCUGCACCCAGAUUAGAGGGACUUUUGGGAAACCCAGAGGGGAGCUGCCCCCCUCAGGAGGGCGGUUUCAGGGGGGUGACGAUUACCCAUUGGAAGAUCCAAGCAGGAGAGGCAGCUCGGGUGGGCAGUAAAUCAGGAGAAAGCCCAGUUCUAAGCUCAAACCUCCUCCUUCUCCAGAGAGAGCUUGUGGAAGGGGAAGCCCAUCAGUGUGAGAUUUGUGGCAAAAGCUUCACAUUUAACUCGGACCUAGUUAGACAUCAGAUUUCUCAUGCUGGGGAGAAACCUUACAGAUGUGAGCAGUGUGGGAAAAGCUUCAGCCAGAGCUCUCACCUUGUUGAGCAUCAGCGAGUGCACACUGGAGAAAGACUCUAUGUGUGCAACAUGUGUGGAAAGGACUUCAUUCACUAUGCAGACCUCGCUGAGCACCAGAGAGCACAUACAGGAGGAAAACCAUUCCGAUGCAUGCAGUGUGGGAGAGCCUUCCAUCACAGCUCAGACCUGGUUCGGCACCAGCGAGUUCACACCCGGGAGAGGCCUUUUGAAUGCAAGGAGUGUGGGAAAGGCUUCAGCCAGAGCUCGUUGCUUAUUCGCCAUCAGAGAAUCCACACAGGAGAAAGGCCUUAUGAAUGUAAUGAGUGUGGAAAGUCCUUCAUCAGGAGCUCGAGCCUUAUUCGACAUUACCAGAUCCACACAGAGGUGAAGCAGUACGAGUGUAAGGAGUGCGGGAAGGCCUUCCGCCACCGCUCUGACCUCAUCGAACAUCAGAGGAUUCACACUGGAGAGAGGCCCUUUGAAUGCAACCAAUGUGGGAAAGCCUUUAUUCGGAGUUCAAAGCUCAUUCAACAUCAGAGGAUCCACACCGGGGAAAGACCUUACGUUUGCAACGAGUGUGGGAAGCGCUUCAGCCAGACAUCAAACUUUACCCAGCACCAGAGGAUCCACACCGGAGAGAAACUCUACGAAUGUAACGAGUGCGGGAAAGCCUUCUUUCUGAGCUCGUACCUUAUUCGACACCAGAAAAUCCACACCGGAGAGAGAGUGUACGAGUGCAAGGACUGUGGGAAAGCUUUUCUCCAGAAAGCCCACCUCACUGAACACCAGAAAAUCCACACUGGGGAUAGGCCCUUUGAAUGUAAGGACUGUGGGAAAGCUUUCAUUCAGAGCUCCAAGCUGCUUCUGCAUCAGAUCAUUCAUACCGGCGAAAAGCCCUAUGUAUGUAGUUACUGUGGGAAAGGCUUUAUUCAAAGGUCAAACUUCCUUCAACACCAGAAAAUUCAUACUGAAGAGAAACUCUAUGAAUGUAGUCAGUAUGGGAAAGACUUCAGCUCAACCCCAAACUUUAAAAAUAAUCAAGGUGUUCACCAAGAGGGACUUCCCUUAAGUAAGACCGCCAUGCAUGUGGGUGAGAAGUCUGCAGAUCAGGGGGAACACACAGAUAACUUAUAAAGUAUUUACUCUCCAACUCAGUGAUGUUUAGAAGGAGUAGCAUGACUCCUAACUGCUGCGACUUUGGAUGUGUCGGCGUUUUCCAAAGUCCUCAGUAGGGCUGCUUUCAGAUUGGGCUGUCACCUACCACUUCGCAGCAGCACUGGGCUGCUGUCCUCCCCACUACGAAUGUGUGACAUCAGGAGAGCCACGUGACUGGGCAGCUGAUGGAGCCGGAAUAAUGCUGGGGGAGGGGCUGGGUCUAAAGAAGCUUUCUGCAUGUUACCACACAGUUAUAGUCCAUCCGAGUUAAAAAUACUUUUUAAAGCAGAACUAUGUAUCUAAUCUUAAUACUUAAAAGAAUAUCACAUGGUUAAUUUCGGUCUAUCAAAAAGGCAAGUUGGAGAAAGACCUUCGUUAUUUCAAACGACAGGUUGGUUCCCCGUUGUCCUUAGGAUAAUUUCUAAGCUCCCAGAACUGCUUUCUAAGGCCUUUUGCUUCUGGAGUUUCAUCUCCCACUCCUUAGCCUCCCGCCGCAGCAGCUCUAACUGCUUGACAUUCCCGCUUAACCCACGUCGUACUUGCCUCCUGUUUGUCCUGUCUGAACGCUUUCCACCGCACACCUGGUUCGCUCCUUAUCAGGAGUCAAGACCUGUGUCAGGCUCAGCCAGCUACCCCUCUGUGCUUGUGGGCUGGCGUGCACUUCUGUUACUGCACUUGCUUUGGGGUAUCAAAAUGAUGUUCUUAUCUACCAUCUCUUAUUAGUACACUACUAAUCCAUUAAGGACUUGGUCAUAGUCGAUGGGUUCAUGUGUCCGUGGCACCUGGUGCAGGAAGAAGCGCAGCCGGAUCUGUGUGUCACUGGCUCUUCUCACUUGUGCUGCUGUAGUUUUGGGGUUUUGUUGUUCUGUAACAGUAUAAUUUGCUGGUCUACUGGAAGUAUCUUCUCUCUCAGCUCUGUUGAUGUCUUCUGCUUCUCCAUAACUCGGAAGUUGUAAGCAGUAGCUAGUGGAAGACCAGCACGCCUCAUGUUUGUGCCUUCAGAGCUCACCCAUGACCGUCUCCUUGCUUUCAGGGAGUGUUGUCUUCACCUGGCUGCCUAUGUAUCUUUCUAAUCCACUCAAAGGGCACACAAUCCCAGUGCACUGCUCAAGGUUUCCUGUCUCAGCAGUUCCACAAUUGACCUCAUCUCUUAUGGUCACUUUCUCUGCUUUCUGGCUCAUUUUGUCAUUUAUCUGAAAAUGUAUUUAUCUAAAAGGACCGGGGCUGAACACUUGGGAAACAGAUGAAAUUGUUGAUUCUGAUUUGGAAGACAAAGAUCAUUGCACAGAGUUAAGUGCUGAAGUAGAAGUUCCACAUUGUGUAGGAGCAUAGGUAAGGAGGGGACUGAUCUGGUGUGGAGGAUCUGGGCCAGCUUCACAGAAGAGGUGACCCCAGAACUGAGAGAGCGAGCGCCAUGGCAGCUAGAGAAGAGGAUGACCUGGGAGAGGAAUCUGUAGAUACGGAGAGGGGGGCAGUAGAUAUCUCUUUGGGGAGCUGUAGUACGCGGUCGAUAACGGUCUACCCGACUUUCAGUUGCUGCCUCUGAUUUUCUUUUCUCUGAAUAUUAACAAAAACAGCCAGUUUUGAAAUUACAUGAACCCCCCCCCCACACACACACACACACUAUGGGAAUAUUCUGAGUUUUUAAAUUCCAGCAACACUAGAAGCCUUCAGGGGUAAGUCAUAAAGAGGGGCAUACAGUACAUCUUCUGGAAAACUCAUUACUAGAGAUGUUACAAAUGGUACAGAAGAGAGAUUAUCAAGACCAUUCAAUCAACUUUGUUGACGUCUAGUUUCCAUACAGUAAAACACAUAUUUAAAGUGUACAGAGUUUUGAGAAACCAUAUACCUGUGUAACGACCAUUAGAAUAAAGAAAAGUAAUGUUCUUAUCAUUCAAACAGGUUCCCUUUUGCUCUUUCCCAGUUAGUCAUGCCCUAGUCCCAAAUACCUGCUUUGGGUCAGUGUAGAUUAGUUUCGCUUGUAAGGCUUCACAUAAAUGGACCCAUACAGUAUAUAAUUCUAUGUGUCUUGACUUAUUUUGCUUUGGCAUGUUGUAAAGACUCAACCAAGUAGUUAUGUGUUUGGGUAUCUCUCUGCUGAGUAGUGUUCUAUUGUACGAACAAACCUCUGUUCAUCGCCUGUUGAUAAAAAUUUGGGUUUCCAGAUUUGGCUUUUAUUAAUAAAACUGCUAUGAGCAUUUGUGUAAAA